CAUUGCAAACACUUGCUCUGUCUUCGUGCGCACGCUUGGCGACUCUGUUAGAAUAACUGUUAUUCUUGAAUUUCGUAAGCCUUAUUAAAACGUAUUUCAGCAAGUAUCGUUAGCGAAAGAUUAGUCAAAAGUUAAUAAUACUAUAGCAGAACGAACAUUUUUCACUAACCGGACAAUAUUACUUAAAACACAAUGGAAGAUGCAUGUCGUAGUGCAGUGGCUGGCAGUUCCCAAAAUGAAAAUGAAACUAUCAAAAAUUCUAAUGUUAAUCAACAAGGUACAGAAGAUUCAAAUUACAAUCAUAGAACAGAUACAGGUGCAAUACAUUCUCUAGAAACGUUAGCAAAUCAAUCUGUCGAAAACGAAAUAACAAGGCAAGAACAAAUUACAAAGACAGCGGAAGAUAAUAAGAUUCCUGAUGAUACAAAUAUGAAAAAAUCGCAAAAAAAGACGAUUACUCUGGAGAUUUCAAACGACAUCGACAUCCUGUUGAUUGGCAAAACUGGCAAAGGCAAAAGUGCUUUAGGAAACAGUCUUCUGUCUAGCGAAGCUUUUCUGUCUUCAGCGAAUUUCGAAUCUGUAACAGAUGUAAUUAAAGAUGGAUAUGGUGUGUUUGAAGGUCGUACACUAAAAGUUGUAGAUACACCAGGUGUGUGUGAUACAAGGAUGAGCGAAGAAGAUGCGUUAAAAAUGGUUUCAGAAAAAAUGCAGGACGCCGUUAAUCUCAACCCAGUGGGCUAUCAUACAUUAAUUUACGUACUAAAAUUUGGAGAACGAUUCACAGAAGAAGAUGUCACUGCAAUUCAAAUUCUAAAAAAAAUAUUCGGAAAUGACUUUGUAAAUAAAUUUGGUAUCCUUGUGUUAACAUGCGGUGAUAACUUUGAAAAGCAGGUCACAAAAAAGACGGGUCUGACUUUUGAAAAAUGGUGCACUCAACAGCAGGGUGUGUUUCAAAAACUUUUAGAGGAAUGUGAGGGUAGAGUGGUAUUAUUUGAUAAUUUUGCAGAAGGAGUAGAGAAAAUACACAAACAAAAAAGCGAUCUAAUAAACGUGAUAGACAGACUACAGUCAAGUGGUAAGAGAUACACCAACAAAUAUUUUGAUGAUGCAAAGGAAACUCGUGAUAAACUGCUGAUAGAAUGUAAGAUACCUGCUUUGAAAGAUAAAAUAUUUAGAGAAACGGGAGUUAUUAUGUCCAGUUACAAUCAAAUGAAUUUCCAGGAUCCGGAAAACAAAAUCGAAGAACUCGAAAAAAUGCAAGCACAAUCUAUAGCUCUGUUGAUUGAAAUAGAAGAGGAAGAUAAAGAAAGUGGAGCUCUAAGCAAUUUAUUAGAAACUGUUCGUAAUGUGAGCAGAACAUUAGAAGAGCAAAUCAAUACCUGCAAACUGUUGAUCCAGGAACGAGAAAAAAGUAAAAACGAACAACAUCGCUUGGAACAACAGAUGCAAAAAGAUAAGGAGUUUAUGGAAAUGCAAGAGGAGAAGUCGAAGAGAGAACACCACCAACUUCUUCUGCAGAUUGAAUUAAAUAAAAAGUCGAUGGAAGAAUUUGAAAAACAGCGCCAGGAUGAUAAGGAAAAAUAUGAAAAUGACUUAAAAAGACAAAAAGAAAUUGAAGAAUUAAAAUUCAAACAAAUACAGCUUGAAUCAGAGCAAAAACAAGAAAGUAUUAUAAAAGAAAUAGAAAUGCAGAAAAACGCGAUAGAGUCAGAAAGACAGAAAUUUUUGGCAAAGAUAGAUCUUGAAAAACAGGAUCUAUUAAGGCAAAAAGAUUUUGACCAACAAAAACUUCAGUUAUUGAAAGAUGCUGCCAAAAAAGAGCAGGAAGAAAAAAGAUUAGAGCUGGAACUUAAACAAAAGGAAAUGAAUGCAGCCGAAGAACGACACAGAAUUGAAAGGGAAGCGCAAAAAAAUGAAUAUUUGAAGCUGCAAAAGGAAGAAGAAAGAAAAUUUCAAAUGAUGGAAGAAAAGGCUAAAAGAGAUCACGAGGCUCAUAUUAAAGAAUUACUGCUAAAAGAAAGAGAAAUUGAAGCUGCAGAAAAAAAACAGCUUUUAGAACUUGAUAAAAUUAAAGAAGAAAUGAAAAAACAAAACGAAUUACAUAUUGAAAAAAUAAAGUGUCAACAACGAAAAGAUAAAAUGGAAAAUGACCUACGAAUUCAAGAAAUGAAACUUAAAGAGCAAGAGAUGAGGGCAAACGAAAUACGGCUUAGUGAAGAAAGAGAGGCGAAAACGAGGGCAGAGAUUAGAAUGUUAAAAGAAAUGAAGGAAGCUGCUGAACGGAGACACAUUGAAGAAAUGGAAGAAAGAAAACAGGAAUAUGAGUUGCGUAGACAGACGGAGGAGACUAGAACUGAACGAUUAAACCUAGAGCGAGAAACUCAGCAAAUAAAGUUUAUAGAAGAGUUGCGAACUGAAAGGGAGAGAAUAAAAAACGAACAGAGCUGUAAUAUUCAGUAAAUACGGUACGGUACGGUACGGUACGGUACGGUACGGUACGGUACGGUACGGUACGGUACGGUACGGUAUGGUACGGUACUGGUGCUCAGUCGACAUAAUGUCGGAAUGAGCAUAAUUCGCUGCGCAGAAGCAAUGUAUUUUUUUAAAAAUUCACUCAGAAACACUAAGCAAGGAAAUUAAAAUUAUAGGCAUUUUACUAUAGUAAACAAAUCGAGGUGUUAGAUUAGAUUGGUGAAUCGUGUGGUCUACUAUUUCUUUACCAGAUGAAUAUAGAUUAAACUCAAUAAGCUCAUUCGUGUAGGCGUAUCAUUUUCUUAACUGAGGCUAAUAUUGCGAUAACUACACUGUAAUAACUGCAUCAUCUAUGGUAUUUACAUUAUUUAGAUCAAAGAAAAAAUCCAGAAAAAAUGUUUGCUGUUGCGCUUAUUGGUAAUCAUCAUAAGCAAUUAUGAUUUGAAAAAUAUGUUAUGAAUCAAUCCCUUCUAGCUUAUAACAUCUAUCAUUUUGCAAAACAAAAUUCUAUCGUCGUCUUAGUUUAACCAUCCCACAUAAAAAAAAUUCCAAAUACGUUCUUCUACUCUGCUAUCAAUUAUUUUAUAAAAAUAUUCCUAUAGAAAUAAACCGGGAGUGAUCUCCAUUAAACUUUCUCGAAUAUGAAACAAUAGGGGUGGCAACUCGGGAUAUAGACAUGAUUUUUAAUCCUUUGUUAAUACUAAAACUUUUAAAACUAGAAUAAAAUCUCGUAAAAAAAAAUUGCACACCAAAUGAACGCCAAAUAAAAUAUGCAUAAUAGUGUUGAAUAGUAAAAGUAAUUAUUAAAUGCACAUACGUUUUUUGAGAAAUCGGAAAUAGCGAAAAUUACUACUUCUUUUCAACAGAAGUACUCCAAAUGUGACAGACAGCAGAAAAUUAGAUCUUUUACUUACAUGUGAAAUUUCAUUUAUCUGAAAUAGUACUCAAGUUAUAGACUUCAUUACAAGACUUUCUCUAUACUUCGUAAAUACGAGAAAGUAAAUAACUAUCUACAAUUGAAAAGAUAUAUUAAAACUAAGUAGCAAAAAAAAAACAACAUUUAACGAUCUCAUAAACAUAGUCAUUUCCGCAUUUUUACAAGUUUUAAUUUAACUCACUUUCUCGUCAGCCUGUCGUCAGUCUGUCUACAUUGAAAUACGUGUUUUUAUUAAACGUUUUUAUGAAAAAAAAAUUCUACAAACAUUAUUCUAUUCUCAUUCGAUUCUGAGAUGUGAUAUAAAUAUGUAAAUAUUAUUUCUUUAUUGCAUAAGCUACAACUUUAAUAUUUUAUAAGAAAGUACUUCAAUAACGGACAUUGUGU